AUGAUUAACCAUGGCUUGUUUCGUGGAUCAGCCCCAUUCGAAGGCUUGACACCCGACACUGAGGAUGUUCUGGUGGUUCCUGAUGGCCGAGUGGACGUUGACGUUAAUAAACGGCUAGCAAAUACAUUGUCACGAUUGCUUCCACCUCCACCAAGAAUUGAAACCUCAGUUCCUGCUCCUCAGCAUUCUCAGAGAUCAUCAUGGAGUGUCAAGCUCAACAUCGUUAUUCAAGUCGUAGGAAGCCGCGGUGAUGUCCAGCCAUUUAUUGCUUUGGGCAAUGCGCUCCAAAAAUAUGGUCACCGGGUGCGCCUUGCAACCCAUAAUGUCUUCAAAGACUUUGCCACGAAAUCUAAUCUAGAGUUCUUUCCCAUUGGUGGUGAUCCAGCAGAAUUAAUGGCCUACAUGGUGAAAAACCCAGGACUAAUUCCAAGUACCAAAAGUUUACGAGACGGCGAAAUUCAACGCAAACGGAUUAUGGUCGGCGAAAUGCUGGAGGGUUGCUGGAAAUCUUGCAUUAUGCCAGAUCCUCAAACGGACAAGCCCUUUGUGGCGGAUGCUAUUAUUGCUAAUCCACCGAGUUUUGCCCAUGUCCACUGCGCACAAGCUCUCGGAGUACCUGUACACUUGAUGUUCACCAUGCCUUGGAGCAGUACGAAAUCGUUUCCACAUCCAUUGACCAACCUAAAAUACUCUAACACUGAUCCCAAGCUGGGCAACUAUCUUUCUUACGGCAUUGUAGAUUUUCUGACUUGGCAAGGCAUAGGGUCGACUGUGAAUAAGUGGAGGGUCGAGACGCUGGAUUUGGAGCCUGUCUCAGUUAGCGAUGGUCCAUUCCUUCUCGAUACAUUAAAAGUGCCCUUCACAUAUUGCUGGUCACCUUCUCUGAUCCCAAAACCACUUGAUUGGCCUUCGCAUAUAGAUGUUUGCGGAUUCUUUUUUCGUGAUCCUCCAUCUUACACACCAUCUCCCGAACUCCGAGACUUCCUCGCGGCUGGUCCAGCACCUGUAUACAUCGGUUUUGGGAGUAUCGUGAUCGAACGACCAGAAGAAAUGACAGCCAUACUUCUGGCAGCCAUCAAGAUCACUAGUGUCCGCGCAAUAAUUUCCAAGGGUUGGAGUGAGCUCGGCGGAGAAGAGCUUCCAAACGUCCUGUAUCUUGGUGACUGCCCUCAUGAGUGGUUAUUUCAGCAGGUUAAGGCUGUCGUUCAUCACGGAGGUGCUGGCACAACUGCGUGUGGCUUAUACAAUGGAAAACCUACCACGAUUGUGCCAUUCUUUGGAGAUCAACCAUUCUGGGGUGCCAUGGUUCACGCAGCUGGCGCUGGCCCAGCCCCAAUUAAUCACAAGGCCCUCAAUUCCAAAAUACUAGCAGAGGCGAUCGAGUACUGUCUCACGCCGGAAGCUCUUGCGGCUGCAAGAGCGCUGUCGGAGAAAAUGAUUAACGAAUCUGGCGUUGAGGCAGCAGUGAAAUCUUUUCACGCCAAUCUACCUCUGCAAAGUCUGCAGUGCGAUUUGAUACCCGACCGGCCUGCUGCUUGGACAUACAAGAAUGGCGGGAAUGUUUUAAAAUUGUCUAAACUCGCCAUCGCGGUUUUAUCCUCACACACGAAGCUUUCCUCAAAAAACAUAACUUCGCACGAAUCAAGACCAAUCUAUAUUCAGACUACCCGGUGGGAACCCAUCACCGCAAUAUCAUCUGCGUCUCUUGCAACAGUAGGUGACCUGGCUAAUAAUGCCGUUGGUGUCUUUGUCAAACCGUACGAAGAAUACAAAAAGCGACGCCCAGAAGAUUCUAAGCAUACUUCCCUUGCUGAGCAAAACUUACCCUCAUCGUCUACAAGCUCCGAAGAACAGUUAGCCACCGUCAAAUGCGAGGAAAGUGAAUCUUUGCAUGGCAAAGCGGUAAAUAACCAGAAAGCAAAGAAGGAGGGCUCAGGGACAGCAGGAGCCAUGAUUAGAGCUUCAGCGACUGGCUUCGGUAACGUUCUGUUCGGCUUGUCUAAGGGGGCAUUGGUCGAUAUUCCCGUCGCGGCAGCAGAUGGAAUGCGCUCCGUGCCACAAAUGUACAACCACCAGGCCGCAGCAGAUUAUGGCAAGGUAACUGAUUGGAAAAGCGGGACCACUGUGGCAGGAAAGACAUUUGCACACGGCAUGUAUGAAGGAUUCACAGACAUCUUCAAAGAGACAUACAAAGGCAAGCAGAAAGAGGGAGCGGCAGGAGUGGCAAAGGGUCUUGGCAAAGGCCUGGUCAGCAUGACUAUGAAGACCAGUGCUGGUGCGGUGGGCUUGGUUGCGUAUCCGGCACAAGGCAUAUGCAAGAGUAUCUAUACAGCAGUCAAGAGCACGACAAGAAAGAGGAUUGAGGACGCGAAGACGGCUGAGGGAAAUUGGUUGAUUAAAAGGGAGGUCGGGAAUAACUUGGAUCAGGCGUUGCUGUGCGCUGAAUUUAAGAAUUCCAUGAAAGGUUGA